AUGUACACUGUGACUGUGCAGGUUGACAUACUUUUUGAUACAAUUCAACAUGUCCAGAGAGAAGGCCCAGAUCCAUGUAUGGCCUGUGUUGUAUCAAUUGGCACAGGAUCAAGCCCGGCCGAAAAUACAAAUGGCAUUGAUCUCAACUUCAAUUCGAUCAUUUCCAACAAGAGGAGUCCUCUUCAAAUAGCCCGCGGCUUUAUUACGGUGGUGAAUAAUGCCAAGAACAUGUUUCAAAUUCUAGUGAGAGAGUGCACUUCGUCAAGCGGUCAACCCGUGCGUUAUUCUCGCGAAUGGUGUCACUCACUGGAUGUGCCGUUCUUUCGAUUUUCGCCCAUGAUGCGGACAGGUGUGCAGCUGGACAACACGGACACUGACGUACUUAUCCAAAUGCUUUGGGAGACAGAGGUCUGUAAGAAUUCCUCAGUUUUUCAGUUGGGCAAGUUGAAGUAG